AUUUCAGUUCAACCUUGAUUACACCAAUCAGGACACAGCAGAAGUUACGAUUUGUUUUAUGUCAUGCACUGACCAUAUGGAGCAUAUGAUCAAGUCCGUUGCACAUCCAUUAUUUUUUCUUUGACGUUUUGUUAAGAGUUGUCAAACGUUUACAAAAUAGACUCGUCGAAAUAUUUUGUGAAAUGGCCAAUUUAACUGCGGCCGCACUUGCUAAUCGAAACAAGAAACAUUUCCUUGGAGUUCCGGCUCCUCUGGGUUAUGUUGCUGGUGUAGGCAGAGGUGCCACUGGCUUUACCACCCGGUCUGAUAUUGGUCCUGCUCGUGAUGCAAACGAUGUGUCUGAUGAUCGACAUGCUCCACCAGCAGCAAAACGUAAGAAGAAAGAAGAGGAGGAAGAAGACGACGAGGACCUGAACGAUUCAAAUUAUGACGAAUUUAGUGGCUACAGCGGGUCACUGUUCUCGAAAGAUCCCUAUGACAAAGAUGACGCAGAGGCCGAUGCGAUCUAUGAGUCGAUUGAUAAACGAAUGGACGAAAAACGCAAGGAAUAUCGAGAGAAACGAUUGAAAGAGGACUUGGAGAGGUAUCGUCAAGAACGGCCAAAGAUACAGCAGCAAUUUACUGAUUUGAAGAGAAAUUUAGUGAAUGUGACCGCAGAGGAAUGGUCUACAAUACCAGAAGUUGGUGAUAGUCGCAAUCGAAAGCAACGCAAUCCUAGAGCGGAGAAAUUUACUCCAUUACCGGAUAGCGUUCUGUCAAGAAGUUUGGGUGGAGAAUCUCAAACAAAUAUCGAUCCACGCUCAGGAUUAGCUUCAAUGGUUCCGGGUGUAAAUUCUACGCCUGGCAUGCUAACUCCUACAGGCGAUUUGGAUUUGCGUAAAAUUGGUCAAGCUCGUAACACAUUGAUGAAUGUCAAGUUAUCCCAAGUUUCGGAUUCAGUCACUGGACAAACUGUUGUUGAUCCGAAAGGUUACCUGACUGACCUUCAAUCAAUGAUUCCGACCUAUGGUGGUGACAUAAAUGACAUCAAAAAAGCGAGACUACUGCUGAAAAGCGUCCGUGAGACUAACCCUAAUCAUCCACCAGCUUGGAUUGCAUCUGCUCGUCUGGAAGAAGUAACUGGAAAAGUGCAAAUGGCACGUAAUUUGAUUAUGGCUGGAUGCGAAAUGAAUCCAUUAAGUGAAGAUUUAUGGUUGGAAGCUUCGCGUUUACAGCCUCCAGACACUGCUAAGGCCGUCAUAGCUCAAGCUGCCCGGCACAUUCCAACCUCAGUUCGGAUUUGGAUCAAGGCUGCCGAUCUGGAAGACGAGCAAAAAGCCAAACGAAGAGUUUUCCGUAAAGCAUUGGAGCAUAUUCCAAACUCGGUUCGUUUGUGGAAAGCUGCUGUAGAAAUGGAAAAUCCUGACGAUGCACGAAUUUUGUUAUCCCGUGCCGUGGAGUGUUGUAAUACCAGCGUUGAAUUGUGGCUCGCGUUGGCACGUUUGGAAACGUAUGAAAAUGCAAGGAAAGUGCUGAACAAGGCGAGAGAAAAUAUUCCGACAGACAAACAAAUUUGGACAACUGCUGCAAAGUUGGAAGAAGCCAAUGGUAACAUUCAUAUGGUGGAAAAAAUUAUCGAUCGAGCACUAACAUCACUCGGUGCUAAUGGGGUUGAAAUUAAUCGAGAAAUGUGGUUCCAAGAAGCAAUUGAGUCGGAAAAGUCCGGAGCAGUUAAUUGCUGUCAGUCGAUCAUUCGAGCUAUAAUUGCCAUUGGCGUGGAGGAAGAAGACCGUAAACAAACAUGGAUUGACGAUGCCGAUUUCUGCGCGAAAGAAGGGGCCUACGAAUGCGCUCGUGCAGUUUUCGCUCAUGCAUUGCAAGUUUUCCCGUCAAAGAAAAGCAUUUGGUUGAGAGCCGCAUACUUUGAAAAGAAUCACGGCACUCGUGAAAGCCUGGAAGCUUUGCUACAACGAGCCGUAGCACACUGUCCCAAAUCGGAAGUUUUGUGGUUAAUGGGUGCAAAAUCGAAAUGGUUGGCAAACGACGUUCCUGCUGCUCGAGGCAUCUUAUCCUAUGCUUUUCAAGCAAAUCCAAAUUCUGAAGACAUCUGGUUGGCCGCCGUUAAAUUAGAGUCUGAAAAUGCAGAAUACGAACGAGCAAGACGAUUGCUGGCCAAGGCCCGAGCAUCGGCUCCAACGCCACGUGUAAUGAUGAAAUCUGCCAAAUUGGAAUGGGCUUUGAAUAAUCUAAGCGACGCGUUAAAAUUGUUGGACGAAGCCGUAAAUGUGUUUCCCGAUUAUGCUAAACUUUGGAUGAUGAAGGGACAAAUUGAAGUGCAAAAGAACAUGAUUGAUGCGGCCGGAAAUACUUACAUGACUGGCAUAAAGAAAUGUCCAACAUCGAUACCAUUGUGGAUUUUGAUGUCCACGCUAGAAGUAAAUCGAAAUGCUUUGACCAAGGCCCGAUCGAUAUUGGAACGUGGACGUCUCAGAAACCCGAAAACGGCAUUGUUGUGGCUUGAAGCUAUCCGAGUCGAAUUGAAAGCUGGUCUAAAGGAAAUGGCGCACACACUGUUGGCCAGAGCGAUUCAAGAAUGUCCAACGAAUGGUGAACUUUGGGCGGAAGCGAUUUUCAUGGAACCGCGACCACAACGCAAGACUAAAUCGGUGGAUGCAUUGAAGAAAUGCGAACAUGAUCCGCACGUUUUACUCGCCGUUUCAAAACUCUUUUGGACCGAACACAAAAUUGUCAAAUGUCGCGAAUGGUUUAACCGAACGGUGAAGAUUGAUCCGGAUUUGGGCGAUGGCUGGGCAUAUUUCUACAAAUUUGAACUGUUGCACGGCAAUGAACAACAGCAAGCCGAUGUACUGGAGAGAUGCAAUGCGGCCGAACCGAAGCACGGUGAAGCAUGGUGUCGAGUGAGUAAGAAUAUUGCCAAUUGGUGCUUCAAGACACAAGACAUUUUGAAGGCCGUUGUCAAAGAUUUGCCAAUUCCCAUGUAAUGAUGUGCUGGACGUAAUUAAACCACAAAAAGUAAAAUA